CGUCGCGUUGCGCACGGAGGAGCUGAGGAAGUGAAGUUGAGAAAGGUGACAGUGAACAUCCGUGGAAGCUGCCGCAAUACCACCGAGAAAAAGGUGCAAAUAUGCGCGAGCGGCCAGCCAGCUGAAGGAGCGGACAGGGACAUUCAAAGGCCUUCAUCGUUCAUUCUGGAAGACUGCUGUUGAGGUGCUUGCAAAUGGGGAUGGGCCCAGUGUUCCGGCACUGCCCCUGCCUGCGGCCGGCCCGAGAGGAAGUCCGGGUCCUGGACUACGCCCACCACGGCCUCGAGGAUGUGCCCUCGGAGGUGUUUAACUACGAGCGCACACUCGAGGAGCUCUAUCUAAAUGCAAACCAGAUCAAAGACCUACCCAGGCCACUAUUUCACUGCCAUGGAUUAAGAAAAUUGAAUCUAAGUGAUAAUGACAUUCAAACUCUACCUCCUGCUCUAUCUUCACUCAUCAGUCUAGAAGAAUUAGACAUUAGCAAAAACAAUGUGAUAGAAAUUCCCGACAACAUCAAAGGUUGCAAAUGCCUGUCCAUAGUAGAAGCAAGUGUGAACCCCGUUGGAAAACUUCCUGAAGGUUUUACGCAACUCCUAAAUAUAGAGCAACUUUACCUUAAUGACACGUUCCUGGAAUAUCUUCCUGCAAAUUUUGGGAGGUUGUCGAAGUUAAAAAUUCUGGAACUGAGGGAGAACCAUCUCAAGGUUCUUCCAAAGUCAAUGGCUCGCUUGACAGAGCUGUCUCGACUUGACAUUGGCCAGAAUGACUUUACAGAGCUGCCAGAAGUCAUCGGUAGCCUCCCUAGUAUGACGGAGCUCUGGUGCGACAGCAACAGACUGACAUCUUUGCCAUCAUACAUGGGAAAUCUUAUCAAGCUCACCUACUUGGAUGCCAGCCGGAAUCGCAUCUCCUUUAUUGCUGACGAAAUUGAGAACAUGACAAUGCUCUGUGAUCUUACACUCACCACAAAUAAGCUGCAGAAGAUUCCGGAGACGCUCGGCUUUUUGCAGAAUCUCACAACAUUACGCCUUGAUGACAAUCACUUAGCAACCUUGCCUGAUAGCAUCGGACAGUUGUCCAAACUUGAAGAGCUCAUUAUUAACAGCAACGAGAUUGACUCACUGCCUUCAACGAUUGGGCUUCUUCGAAACCUGACAAUACUCAUGGCCGAUGACAACCUUUUGGAGGACCUUCCACCAGAAAUCGGCAGCUGUUCCAAACUGCGUGUCCUGUCACUUCGAGACAACCGGCUGUGUAAUGUUCCAGACGAGCUGGGGCAUCUGUCCAGCCUGCGGGUAGUGAACCUUAGUGGGAACCAGCUGAGACACCUGCCCGUCAGCCUGGCCAAGCUUGGGGGGCUUCAUGCGCUCUGGCUAUCCCAGAACCAGACAAAGCCCUUGGUGCUGUUGCAGUCGGACAUGGACCGCGAAACGGGACAGCGAGUGCUCACCUGUUUCCUUCUGCCGCAAGAAUCAUCAGCUGCCCACCCAGAUAAGCCUAAUGCUGCUGUGAAGGAGAAUGACGGUACGCCAAGUGAACGGAGAGGCACCAUCACUUUUGCCUUUGACACUGAUGUGGAUCGACCGGGCCGUCUCGUCCGUUCACCAACCCCAUACCCCAAAGAACUGAAGGCGCGUGCACGGCAUGUGAGGAAUCUUCGUAGGCAGAUGAAUGGUGACGUGGUUGGUGCUGGAAACGUCGUCGUGUCACAGCCGACAUCUCGCUUGGAGGGUUUCAGCAGGGCAGAGGUGCCUACCCCUGACAAGCAGCCACCCGAGGUGGUGGUUCGUGAGGCUAAGAUUGUGCAGCCAACGUCACCCUCGGGGAACCCCCCCGAUUUGGCGCAGGUGCACACCGACCCACCCCACGAGCCUUGCAUAUUAAGGCACCAGCAGGACAAUAACACCGUGCCCACUGAAAGCUUUGCCUGUCACCAACCCACUCAAAGCUCGUUUGCAACAAACAACAACCUCCCAAUGUGCACUGACCUAGAAACCGUCAGAGCAGUAGCAAGCCGAUCACCCAGCCCAGUACCUCACAAUAGCUCUCACAACCUUGCCACACCUUCUCAUCUUUACGCCAAUCAGCAAACCCCAGCCGGGCUGCAUGCAGCCAGUGCUGAGCACCCCUACCUUCAUCAUCAACAUCAUCCGCCUUCGCCACAUCUCUCUUCAGCGGUAGCCCGAGCGCCACAAGGAUCGAUGCCGCCUGUUGCCGCCGUGCACAGCAUGCCAGCACCACAAUACAGCAACACCUUGCAUCCGCAUCACGCAAACAUGCCGCCAACGCCUCACAACCCGGUGCCUUCGUGGGAUCACGUGCGGCACCAACAGCAGCAACAGUACAGCGGAGACAUGGCGGAGUUGCCACCAGGUCACGCGAUAGCAUCAUCACCACACCGCAUCCCACGACGCCCCAUUGACAAGUAUCCCCCUUCAUCGAGAGCCAGUCUCGCAGAAAAAUUCCAGCACCGGCUAAUCUCGGAAGAUUCACAAGAACAGCUGGGCUACAAAAGCGAUCAAGAAACCUACGUCCAGCCGACCAGGCCUCUGUCGGCCGCUUAUCAUGACGGCUACUCUAGCGAUUGGGACACAAUGACUUUGCCCCGAGGACACUCCAUAUCCCAUCCCCCUGAUGGCAGCAUUCAGUACUUUCGGGGGGCGCCCUGCUCGCCGGGCAGGACGCUUCCACGCCGAGGUUCGAGUCCCGUGUCACCCAGGGUCAUGUCAAGGUCGCCACACAAGGUUGCCGGAUCACCCGUUCAAACCUACACAGUCCAAGCACCGCAUCCUUUGAAGCCUGUGGCGGGGAUGGCCGAUGGGACCGCCCUGUACCUCUUGCCCGAAUAUUGCGGGGAUGUCAGGACUUCGAAAGAAGGCUACUGCUUGCCAGUGCGACGCAGCCCCCAACCUGGAUGGGGACCAGCAGCUGAGAAGUUGGCUCCGCAUGCGGAGAGCGAAGACCUUCCACCAUCUCAGUCAAGCUCUUCACUAUCGUCGUCUCUGUGUCUACCGAGCGAGGAUCCAUCUAGCCUAACCUCGGAGGGCGUCACUCCAGAAGGUGCUCCUGCCCCUGGGGCCCCCUGCUUCAGGGCAGCCCCAGAGCAGUGCGAGCAGCCAGCACCACCCUUGCCCCCACGGCCCCGAGCACAUUCGGGUGAGGGCAGUGCAACAGCCCCGACACCACCACCCAAGCCAGAGUUCCUGCUCCAGCGAAGUGUUUCCAGUCGCUCAACAGAUGCACAGGAGCACCAGAAUGAGAUCGUGUUGGACAAAGGAUCAGAUGCAGAUUUUGUUCUGGAAAACAGGCCAACAUCAUCGGGUGUAUUUGUAAAGGAGGUCAACCCACAAGGAACAGCAGUAGGGAAGCUACAAGUUGGGGACAAAAUACUGAAGGUGGAUGACCUGGAUGUUUCUAAUGCCGAGGUUAAUUAUGCCCUGGGAGCACUUGUCAGUGCUGGUUCCAAAGUCAGGCUAACUCUGCUGCGACAGCAAUGACGGUAAAAUUAUUUAUGUACUUAGCAAAGUGGUCCCUAAAGCAUUGGCCAUUACGCAAACAUUGGAUUCCCUCGGGGUAGUCAUCACUUUGGCCCUUCACCAAAGCAUUGUGGAAAUUGUGGAAAUGCUACCGGAUAGUGGCGAUAUGUGUGCACAAAAACCGGCUGGCACAAGCUCAACGAUGAACAAAUGCAAUUUUUGCUCCAUUCUUUUUUCUUAUCAUCUCGCGUGGAUUCUACUACCGUUUUAUGCACUGAAGCACAUUUUCAUAGGCUACUGACCUCCACAUGAAAAAUGGCAUACUGUUGUGAGGUGGUGUGCAGCAAAACGCGUCGCGUGUUGUCAUGGCGGAGGUGCUUUCCUUGACGUUUGUCCACGACGUACCUGACCGACGUUCGUACAGUUUGAGAAAUGCAUUUAGCGCAAGACUGGUGCAUUUCGGCUCUGGGUUGUUGGAUGCUGGUCACUUAAGAUAGCCGUAAAACGAGCUCAGGAGAAGCUGACCAAAGUAGCAGUGUUGUUUCAUAAACUUUGGAAUGUCUGAGAGCUUGACUGCGCUGAUGUUGCAUGUCUCUUGCCCAUGCAUUGUUUUUUGCGGAGGAGCGUUGUGUUGGGGAUUGCUGCUCACAAGCUAGUGUCACUACCCUUGCCUUUUGUUUUCUUACUUUUCGAGCUCUUGGAAAUGUUUAGUUAUGUUACUUAGUGAGGCGCAUUAAGCACCGGUUUAUUCACUACAAAGAGGAGAGGUGCUAAUAUUGUUUGGAUGCGUCAAGCUGGAAUGAAAACUCGUUCAUUUACAGUGUCACAAUUGUCUGUUACAGACUGCUGGAACAAUGUAUUUACAUCACGUUAAGAAAAAAUUCAGAGAAAUAUAAACAUUGCACCAGUGAGCAAGCUCUCUGGCUGAUGUAGUAUGCCUCACGGUCAGUAACCUAGCCGUUUAGAGGACAUCACCAAGUGCAUCAGCAGGACUAUUUUGUUAAGAUGUGGAGACCAUUGGCGGCCGUGCUUCGGUGAUCUGGGCAGGGCCUCUCCUGCUUUGUUAACUUUUAUCUAUAACAACUAUAUAGCUGAAUUCAGCAAUGACCUCUUUUAUUCGUUGACUCCAGUGAGCAAGUUUUAAGACUAUGCAAGCAAGAACAUAUUAGCUUUUGGCAUACUCUCAACAAUAGUAUCGAAAGUAGUGAAUUGGAUUCAUGACUGUCUAUUGGAUUGAACUCAACAUGUGCUAAUGAAAGUUCUUGGUCUGAUGGAAGCAGUGUAUCUGCCAGUGUCCCCUGGGGUUUUGUUUUGUGGCCCCCUAUUGUUACAGCUUUAUUUCAGUGAUAUUGUUUAUAGAAUUCAACGCACUGUGUGACUGUACACAGAUGACUGUGUCAUUCAAGGAAUGUUAAAGAUGAUUUCAAAGUGCCAUCUUGAAACAUGAUUUGGGUGGUGUAUAGCACUGGUUUGAAAAAUGAAAAAUGCAUUUCAAUCCUUUAAAGUCCCAAUUUUUAUAAUUUACAUGUGGGCACUUACGUUUUAUGCAUUUACAAUAUUGCAACUGCUGAUCUAAAGAAAGUAUACUUGUCUCUAAUUAUCUUGGCAUGACUUUUCGCAAAAUAUAGCAUGUACUACUCAUACCAAACCAGUAACAACCAAAAUUUAUGAAAUGGUAAAAUUACUAAGAUGUAGCCAAUGUUCAGGGCUUUUUUUACCUUACAUAAAUGUGAUCACUUCUCGAGUACACCUGUGUGGUAUGGUAUCUGCCUACAAUUACACCAUCAUCAUCUUAUUAUAGUAUGUGCAAAGCCAAGCCGUUAAAUUCAUCAUAAGUAAAUACGAACUGGAGAUCAGUUUUGCAGUUGUCAAGCGAAGCUUAGUCUGGCCUGGUCUUCAACAAAGGAGGCCAAAAAGAAAGCUUGAUCAGUUUGAAGUUCACUUACAUCGAGAAACAUAACGUUUUAAAGUUGCAUUGUUUGCCAGUUUUGUAAUCUUUAUUUUUGCAUUGUGACCAGGCAUUGAAAUAAGAGAAAUACAGUGUUUUUUAUAGGUGUUUUUCAAGGCUUUCUUUCUGACACGCAUUUGGUGAAUAGAACAGACUGUUCGAAGGUACUUAGUGAUACGUGGUGGGAAAAAGUGUACCAUCAAUUUUUGGUGAACAUCUCAUAAUUUUUUCCCUAAAUAAUUUACUUUAAUUUGGACAUGUGGCACACCUUUACCACAAUUUAUGCUUCGAGUAUAUCUCGCACAUGGUUUUCUUGUUAUUUAUUAUCCACUGUUUUCCUUGCAAUAACAUCUUCCUAUGCACUGUAAGAAAUUGCAUAAAAAUUGGUGAAUAUAUUUCAAGGGUUUCUUUAAAUGAUUGUUGCCUCUAGUUAACUUGCCUGUCAUGCUGAUUGUAAAUUGUCUGGGCACACAAUAUUCUUUGGGGGUAUGUUUAAACACACUUACCGUAUGUAAAUAUGUUUAAAACUGUAAACCAGACACUGGUAAAAAAGGCACGCAGCAUAGAACUUGUGUAGGUUCUGCACAUUUUCAUCCAUUUCCAGCGAGCUCUUUUUAAAUUUGCUCACACAUUAUCCAAUGUUUGUAAUGAAGCAUUACCUACAUUUUCAACUUAAAUCAAGUGCUUUUUGCAUAGAAUCUGUAUGAAAUGUAAUAUUUGUCAUAGACUGCUUUUGAAUGCCCUAUUUUCUUGCUAUCUCAAAUUCAUUUGGUCUCUAGCUCUGUAAGGUUAACAGGGCGGAAAGGCCGCACAAUUAUCUCUUGCAUAUUGACGCACACUCAUUACUUGAGAAAUGCAGGGAUUGGUGCACUUUCAUAUUUAUUUCGAUUGCUACCAAGAAUCUCGUUUGCUUGCAAUAUGCCACUUGUGCAGCGAGUUGUAUUGUACACACCCGGGAAACUCGCUCACUCUAUCCACAGCGGUGCAAUCUUGUUCACCUAAGUUAUUUACCUAAAUAGCCUUGGAACAUAAAGCACAAGCCAUCUUCGUCGCGCCUUCAGUCACACCCGUAAGUUUCACGCUUAUUUUGGACGUCCUUGGCAUUCACGUGCUCGUAUUCCCCAGUGGCAUUAGCAACAUUCGUCUUCAUCUUUCUUUCACGCAACUUGUACAUAGUGUGGUAUUGCAUAUCUACUUUGAGUAUGACUAAUAAUUUGAACGGUGCCAUACUCAAUCUUCAUGGCUUACCUCGUGUUUUUUAUUUCAUUUCAAGGGGGGAAAAAAAGGAGUUUUCAUGGCGGCGUAAGAUAUUAUUUUUAUUUGCACUUGGAGCUCAAUAGCCUGUGUUAACCAGCGACUUUGAAUGCUUUUUCUGUUUUCAUGUGUGUUAUUUAUGUUAUUUAUUGUGAACAUUAAGGUACUCACAGGGAGUGAGCACUCAUGUUAAUUCAUCAAGAGCCAACUAAAACUGGACAUGAAGUGUGUAACGCGCUCGAGAGGGCACGAGAUAAUCUAGAGUUCGCUAUCUUCUUUCAUCUUGCUUUCUCCAUCUUGCCGUUACUAUUUUUGCUUUUGCCAUCUCUCCGUUCCUGUUUUAAUUGUCAUUUUUCUUCUGAAGGUGGGUAGGGCUAUUGGUCACAUAUGUGAAAGCUCAUUGUUGGUGUUAAAAUGAUAAUUAUGCUCUGCAAAGUAAGCAAUAUACUACACAUACAUAUAAUAGUGCAGCUUCUGAAUAUAGAAAUCUAUAUGUUGGCAUGUCUAAGAUCUGUUGAGAGCUAAGCGUUUAGUAAAACCUAUUCAGUUCCAGAGUUGCGUCGAUAUGUUCAUUGUACGUGUGUAUCCUUCAAACCUGUUGGACAGAGUUUCUUGCGUCUGAAAUAGUGUUGUCACACAUUUCAGAAGUGCAGUGUUUUUUUUUACACUUACAUCCAGUGCAGUCAAAGCAUCAGCUUUCAUUGAAUCCUCGCUCAUGGCUCAGCGGUGUUCUAGUUGCUGCAUGUCACUAUGACCUCAAAGCUCAAUUUAACUAAACAAGAGACUCAAAGGUUUAGCUCAGCCUAUCUGGCUGGCAUCCCCGGCGUGCCAGCGUCAGUGAACAUAUCAUACGGAAGGCCUGUCAUGCAAAUGUGUGAUACAAAAUACCGCCGGAGCUAUCUCUGCCUUGAAUUUGCUCAGUCAUUCACGGGUGAAUGAACGUCGGGGUGAGAGGAACUCGAGGGUAAAUGCUUGUGUGACAUUGCCUUAUCUCCUGACAGGACUCACUGGAGGAGUGCGCAGACACGCCUCGAUUUCAGGUGUGCCACUAAAUUGUCGUGUUGCUUGAAGAGCUUAGUUCAAAAGCACAGUAUCAAAGAGCUUAGAGAGGAUAUAUUAGACAUGCAUUUAUUUAAAAUGUUAUUGAUAAUGGAUAUAAGACGGAGGCUGCUUGCUCAUGUUUUCGUUUCACCUUUUCUAGUUGCAAGACAAGCAGAGUUCUGCGUAUUCAUACGAGCUAGCAGAGGUUGUGGCAUCACUCAGCUGUUUUCGACAGCGCUGCCUUAAGCUUUUCUUAAGGUCAAUUGAGUGCCGGCAGCUUGUCAAAAAUUGAAAUCUUUUGGGGUUAAGGCUGCUUGUUAUGAGAUCGAAAUGUUUGUACAGAUUUCACUUCCUGUCACGUGAAGUAGAAGCGUAUUUUUAAUAAUUAGGUGUUUCUAUAGUUGCAGUGAAACGACACGAGCAUCAGUGUGUGCCUCGAAUCGUGUAUACUACAGUAGGCGUUGCCAGGUUGGAUGAGCCGUGUUUUGACCGACUGCGAGCUGUUCUUUGUUCCGCCAGCGUCACGCCUGCGUGAGCACUGACCCCGGUUGAAUUCAGGCUGUCGAAGUUCAAACACAGUGUUCAUGUUGAUAGUGUUGCUUAUACACGCCUCGUUGAACAACUUAGGUAGGAUGCUUGCUUAUUUUAGCAUCACUCUCACCGUCACUUCAAUGGAAUCCCAUAUUAUUAAAAUCGCUUGUUUGUAAUUACAGUGUUUGUACAUAGUGCACUAGUGCACACAUAAAUGCUUACACUCACUCAAGAUUGUGUUGAUGCUCACUUUGUUGUUUAUUUUUUCUUGUUGACUUUGUUUGUUUGUUGUUUCCCAUCUGGUGUGUGAUUCGAUUACCACUGGCACUUGUACAUUUUGACCCGAUUGCGUGAGGUGCAUUGUGUACUCUAUCAAUUACGAGUUACGACGUCAAAUAAAUUGGUGGUUUGC